GUGGCGUCUGUCGUGAGCGCUGGGAGAGCAGCAGUAGCAGCAGCAGCUUCUCCAUCUUCCCUCCCACCUUCCCUCCCUCCCUCCCUCAACACAUCAAUGUGGUGAUUACCUCUGUGCACAAUGGACGUCGGACGACGACAUUAAACAUCCAUCUCAAGACUGUCGAGCCCGUGCAUGGAUUUAAUGAUGAUGAAAAAGAAGAAAUUCAAAUUUAAGGUGGAUUUUGAGCUGGACGAGCUUUCGUCGGUUCCAUUUGUCAAUGGAGUCCUUUUCUGUAAAGUCAGACUCCUGGACGGCGGAUUCUCCGAGGAGUCUUCGAGGGAAGCGGUCCAAGCCAAUAGUGUACGGUGGCGGAAGAGGUUCUCUUUUCCCUGUAAAAUGAAUGCCAGUGCUGGGACCGGUGUACUGGACCCCUGCGUGUGCCGCGUAUCAGUCAGAAAGGAGCUGAAGGGAGGGAAAGCGUAUGCAAAGCUGGGUUUUGCAGAUCUGAAUUUAUCCGAGUUUGCCGGCUCGGGAAGCACCACCCGCAGAUGUCUGCUGGAGGGUUACGAUACGAAAAAUACUCGGCAAGAUAACUCCAUUCUUAAGGUUAUCAUCAGUACCCAGCUUAUGUCAGGAGAUCCCUGUUUCAAAACCCCACCUUCCACAGCCACCGUAUUUGGCAUCCAAGGUGACGGAGACAGCCUGCUGGAGGAGAGAAGGGGAGGCGACUCGCAAAAGAACUCUUGCGCAUAUACAGAGAGUCGAGACGUCAAGUGUUCUGUUGACGAUCUCGGCGGCUCUGGCCACUCGCGAACUUCCAGCUACGCCAGCCAACAGUCCAAACUCUCAGGCUACAGUACAGGCCAUUCCCGCUCAUCCAGCAUGUCUGACUACGGUCACCGUCGGAACCAUUCGGUGGGAAGCGCCUCGACGGGCAUCGGCAGCAUCCCAGAACCGAGUGAGGACAGAGAGUCCAGAACGUGUCCCGCUCUGCCUGAACAUCCGCCGUCCGACUCCAGCGUGACUUCUCCGGUCCGAAGCGCCUCGUCCUGCGAGCGGCUGAACAGGCAUCCGAUCAAGCAAGACUCCAUGGAGUCUCAGCUAAAGAGAAUGGACGAUACUCGAGUGGAUGCUGACGACGUGGUGGAAAAAAUCCUCCAAAGCCAAGACUUCACACCUGACCAUCUCGACUCUAGUACGGAAGAGGAGGGCUUACGGCUCUUUGUCGGGCCUGGAGGAAGUACAGCUCUCGGAAGCCAUCACCUUCCUACCAGGUUAGCCAUUUUUGCUCAUUCGAGAAUCAUCUCCGCAUUCUCCUAUCCCCAAAACACCUUCUUAAACAAUUCAAAAAUGCGUUCUGCGUUGUCAAGCCAUGAUGUUUACAAAAGGGAUUUAACAGAAGCUAAGCCUGGAAGAAUUGUGACAAGUUGGAUUGCUUGGCCUGAGGUGUCGUAACGUUCUCCCAAAUGAACAAGAUUUGACUUUGUCUUAUUGUGUCUCAUCCCACUGCAGGGUUGGUGCAGGCGCAUACGAGCAAGUGGUGAUAAAGCGUUAAAGUGGAUUAGCUCCCCCCAAAACACACACACACACACACACACAGGCAGGGUUGUGACCAUAUCAGUCUUCUUUCUGCCAUAUAUUGCUGAUCUUGUAUUUGGUGCACAGCGAGUGGCAGACGUCACAUGAGCGCCUCCUUGUGUUCUUACAACGGAACACUUGCGUCAUUCUGACCGACCCCACUUUAUAUGUUGCCCCCCCCCCCCCGUGGCAUCAUACAUAUGUUUUUGGUUUGUUUGUGUGUGGGUGUGUGUGUUGAUGAUUACUAUGAAUUAUUAUUAAGAAUUAGUAUUGUUAAGGGCUGCAUAUGUUAAUGAUAUUUCACACACAUUUCCCCAGUGGUCAUCUCGUUGUUGGACCAAACCCCUCGGAACAAUGUGAACUGGGGCCGGUUGCAAGAGGAAGAUAACGCCAUGCGUUUUAAUUUGGUUUUUUUAAAAUUCCCUUUCAUGUUUUGUUGACGAUUGUGCAUUGAAGCUGCUGCUGCCGCUGCUCCUGCUGCUGCUGCUGUUGUAAACACUCUGAAAGUGGAUAGAAUAUUUUACUAGAAAGAUCGAGUGGUGGACUUGAACCACUGGUCCUUGACCUAGGACCUGUUUGCCAUGGGGGUGGCAUAAAGCCCUAGACAGACACCUUAGCUCCUGGGAUCAUUGGAAACAAUUUUUUUGUUUGUUUUUUUCGCAGUGUCAUGUACCUUAAAGCGGCUCGCUCGCUCGCUCGCUCUUGUUACCGGUGAUGUUCUCUAGUCUAUGCAUACAUAGUACAAAUGGCAAUUUAACGAGUGAGAAAAAAGACGUAGUCCACUUCCCAUGGAGGUCAUAUCCGAGUGUAGUGUUUACAGUAUUGAGCGUGAUGAUUUGCACCGUUCGAUUUCUUUCCAGAUUAGAUUUGGUGUACUUUCUUCUCAUGAGCCCGCUGAAGGAGCAGUACACGACCCGAAUGGCUAUUUUGUUAUUUCAGUGUUGGGCAUCAUUUUAAUAUCGUGUUGAAAAUGCCAAGAGAACAUUGUGUUUGAUGUACGUAGUUUCCAAAACGUGUGGUCAACUCCCUCAUUUGACGUACGUAUCUGUCGAUCGUGUGCCUGGCAAAGGUACAAGGGUGGCUAAUUAACAUGUUGUUGCAAACAUGGUUGCUUGCUUCCUCUCUUCUGUGAAGUUGUCGUCUCUAUUCAAAUGUGACUUGGAUGUUUAUGUGGUGAUGUACUGCGCUGUUUAAACUCCAGUGGUUACGGUUUGCUUUCAGAGAUGUGUUGUUUCCUUCGAGCGACACUCUGUUCCAACAUCCCAUCCCAC